UUUCCUUCUCCUUUGAUUGAUCAUGGCACUUUUUCUACUGCUUCUCACGUUCAUCUUCAUCCUCCUUCCAUACUACCUCUACCAGAAGCUCAGAUUCAAGCUUCCCCCCGGUCCCCGGCCGCUGCCGGUCGUCGGAAACCUCUACGACAUAAAGCCGGUCAGAUUCCGAUGCUUCGCCGACUGGUCACGGGCCUACGGUCCCAUCAUAUCUGUAUGGUUCGGUUCCACGUUGAAUGUUGUAGUCUCCAAUGCAGAGUUGGCUAAGGAAGUGCUGAAAGAAAAUGAUCAGCAGUUGUCAGAUAGGCACAGAAGCAGGUCUGCUGCUAAGUUUAGCAGAGAAGGGCAGGACCUCAUUUGGGCUGACUAUGGACCUCAUUAUGUUAAGGUUAGAAAAGUCUGCACACUUGAGCUUUUCUCACCUAAAAGGCUGGAAGCUCUUAAACCAAUCAGGGAAGAUGAAGUCACAGCCAUGGUUGAGUCCAUCUAUAAAGAUUGCACUCUUCCUGAGGGUUCAGGGCAGAGUCUACUAAUGAAGAAAUACCUAGGAACAGUGGCAUUCAACAACAUUACAAGACUUGCAUUUGGCAAAAGGUUCGUGAAUUCCGACGGAGUGAUGGAUGAACAAGGAAAGGAGUUCAAGGAGAUAACUGCAAAUGGCUUGAAGCUUGGUGCAUCGCUCGCUAUGGCAGAGCACAUCCCAUGGCUACGGUGGUUGUUUCCACUCGAUGAAGCUGCUUUCGCGAAGCAUGGUGCUCGAAGGGACCGCCUCACUCGAGCCAUCAUGGAAGAGCAUAGAUUAGCUAGAGAAAAGAGCGGAGGAGCCAAGCAACAUUUUGUUGAUGCAUUGCUCACCCUCAAAGAUAAGUAUGAUCUCAGUGAGGACACCAUCAUUGGCCUCCUUUGGGACAUGAUCACUGCUGGAAUGGACACCACUGCAAUAUCUGUUGAAUGGGCAAUGGCAGAACUAAUUAAAAAUCCAAGAGUCCAACAAAAGGUCCAAGAGGAACUGGACCAAGUUAUCGGGUACGAGCGUGUUAUGAUCGAGACGGACUUCUCAAACCUUCCCUAUCUACAAUGUGUGGCUAAGGAAUCUCUGCGAUUACACCCUCCUACCCCUUUGAUGCUACCGCACCGGUCCAAUGCCAGCGUCAAGAUUGGUGGCUACGACAUUCCCAAGGGCUCAAAUGUGCAUGUCAAUGUCUGGGCAGUGGCUCGUGAUCCUACCGUGUGGAGGAAUCCGUUAGAAUUCCGGCCAGAGAGGUUCUUGGAAGAGGAUGUUGAUAUGAAAGGGCAUGAUUUCAGACUACUUCCAUUUGGUGCGGGAAGGAGGGUAUGCCCCGGAGCCCAAUUAGGCAUCAAUUUGGUAACUUCUAUGUUGGGCCAUCUCUUGCACCACUUCAAUUGGGCUCCUCCUCAUGGACUUAGCCCAGAUGAGAUUGACAUGGCAGAGAGCCCUGGACUAGUCACCUACAUGAGGACUGCACUGCGGGCCGUGCCCACACCAAGAUUACCAUCUCAUCUAUAUGAACGUGUGGCUGUGGAUAUGUAACUUCUAUUAUUUGUUGGUAAUUUCUUUAUUUUCCUUUGAGGAUUAUUUUUAGUAUUAUUGUUGUAUAGGGCAACAUAAAUUCACCACUGGCCUUUCAAUUAAGGGUUGUGUUUUGUAAUGUUUUCAAAACAAAGUUUGGUUAUAUUGGGUCCCCUAAACUUUAUUCUGUUUAACAAUACCACAAAUCAAUUUGCCAAUUAAAUGUAAUGGUUAGCGAGGAUUUGCAUUCUA